CCCGGAGCACGUAGCAACAACUGAGCCAAUGUGCUCCACCGCGAUCCGUCCUACCGACCGCGGUGCCUGGCAACAGAAAAAGACGUGAUGACGUCCUCUCCAGAUCGCGUAUUAUGGGAUGUGCGGAAUUAAACAACCCGAAGAGGACGAGGGGAAGCCAAAAAUAAUAAAAGAGACAGAAAUAAACGAGGUGCAUGGUGGAUCAUGGAGCUCUCGGCUGUCGGUGAGAGCGUCUUCGCAGCCGAGUCCAUCAUAAAACGGCGGAUCAGACGGGUAGUCGCUGCUUUUUCAGCCUCACGCUCACCCUCUACACCUAUUAGGCAAACAUGUGUCUGUGCAUGGCCGACGGGCACGUCCUCUGAUAACCUAAAUGUGUUACGGAUCUGUUUUGCAGGGUCGCUGGGAAUAUCUCGUAAAAUGGAAGGGCUGGUCUCAGAAGUGAGUAUAAUAACGAGCAGGGAAGGACAGCGCUCCAUCCUGGCCGCUCCGACAACUGCAGUCUGUCGCUGCUCUGCUUGUUGAUGUGCUUUUCUGAUCCAUUUUUAUGUGCGCUGCGUGCCGCGCUGCUGCCUGCGGCGUGUCCGCGGCUUUCUGUGCGCAGUCAUGUGUGAAAAAUGUCCGAGCCUCAGCCCGCUGGGAUGUUCUGAAGUCCACACUAGCUUUAGCAAUGGCUGAGUUCUCCAUGCGUCACUGUCCGCUGCGCAGUGUGGAGAGGCAGCGCGUUCGCAAAGAUUGCUGCGAUAUGACGUGUUUGUGGUUUGGCUCUGAGCUGCUCUCCUGUCGCCUGUCGUGCCGCAGGUACAGCACCUGGGAGCCGGAGGAAAACAUUCUGGACGCGCGGCUCUUCGCUGCCUUCGAGGAGAGGGAACGCGAAAGGGAGAUGUUCGGGCCGAAGAAGAGAGGACCCAAACCCGAGACGUUUCUCCUCAAGGCCAAAGAGAAAGCCAAAGAAAAGACGUAUGAAUUUAGGAGAGAAACUCCCAGAGGGAUCCAGGUCUCCUACCCCAUCCCGGAGCCGGUCGUAACACCGAGGGCCCGUGAGGGUUUACGCACCGUGGUUCCCACAAUCUUCCCACCGAGCGCGAUCAACAGGGGGGAGAGCGUCCACGUCGGACCGGCGCUGGAGAGGAGGCCCAGGCCGACUCCUCCAGCUCCUCUGGCGGCCCAGGAACCUCUACGCUUCCCCAAAAAGAGGGGCCGCAAACCGAAGCUGCAUCUGCAUUUUGAUGAAGAAGAUGGGAGCAGCUCGGUGGAGCCGGAGGCCAAACGGAGCAGGCUGCUGGAGGAGCCGCUGACGCACGGCCUCUCCAAAAUGUCCCAACGGCUCCAUCACCACCACCACCACCACCACCAUCAUCAUCAUCAUCACGGAGAGACGUCAGACCACAGCCUCCUCCAGCUGACCAAGAGGUUCCAGGAGGAGACCACCAUCACACCCAAAUCCAGCAGCGAGCAGAGGAACGCGGCGGGAGCAGGCUUGUCUUACAGCUGCGCGUUCCGUCCAGGUGCGCGUAAAAGUGACCAGGGCGCGCACAGGACUCACUGUUUGAGCAGGAUGUACAAGCUCAAGCAGCACGGAGGUCACCGGAGCCAUCACCGGGAGCAACCCGCCGUCAUCUCCUCCUCACAGUCCGUCCACGAUCCAUCCGCGCGUCCUUCCGCCUCGUCCUGGACCCCGUGUUUCACCAACCUGGACACUGUGACCGUGACGGACGUGACCAUGAACUUCCUGACUGUUACCGUCAGAGAGAGCAGCACGGACAAAGGCUUUUUCCGAGAGAAGAGAUGAGUAUUUAGUUUAGAGGAGUCUAAUAUAUCCCGACGUAAAUGUUUAACAAGUUACUAACAAACAGGCCUACUGUAAUACUAUAUUUUUUCUAUGUACCUGUCAAACGUGUAUAUACAAAUAUUUAAUACGCUGCUGAGAAAAUUAAAAAGUGUCAUUGUACGUUUAA